GCGAGUUUAUUAGAAAGAAAACCUGACGAAUUUCCUUAUGUUUCUCUUCCAAAUUACGAACAUCUUUUUGAAUUCAUGAAGAAGGUUUUUCCACCAACGAUUGAUAGUAGUGGUAGAGUAACGGGCUUGGAGUAUAGAGACUACUUGGACAAACCCGACGAUGACUCCUACUUAAAACCUAGUAGUGGAAAAAAAGCCGCAUAUGUUGUAAAUAAUGAAGGGAAGCCAGGCUUUGAUAGUCGGUUGCAAGGUCAAAUGACACCAAGCAAGAUUAUUGAUAUCUCGGAAAACGAAGUUCUGCGAGUUGAAAGUGACAUUGAACAGGUUAGAAAGCAAAUUAGUGGUAUUUCUAGUGAUAAUGCUACUUUGCAGUUGGAAAUCGAUGCUCUUGAAGAUUACAUUAACUUGCUAAAAAGUAUGGGGGAGGAUGAAGAUAAGCCUAUAGAUACAAACAAAAGUGAUUUUGAAACCGUUUACAAUGAGAAAGAUAAGCAAGAUGGAAAAUGA